AUGCAACAUGCAAGGAUCAUAACACCAACAAAAGGUAGUCAACCUAGAAUGUCAGCUAAUCAUGCAAGUAUAACAAUUGGAUCCAACGGUGUAAAUAAAAGUAAAGGAUCAUCUAUAACAGUUAGUCGAAGAAAUAAUCAUGACGUGGAAACCAAAAAAGUUGAAUCACAACCACAACAAAUUGAAGAUAAACCAAUUCAAGUUAAUUUAUGGUUUCAUGAGAUUAGAACAACACCAGAAGAUAUACUUAUAGAUUCAAAUGCAUUCGCUGGAGGUGUACAAUCAGGUCAAAUUUUGGAAUUAACAAGUUUAGAACAACCUAUUAAAAGAUUAGUUUUUAAAAUAAAUCAAAAAAACAUAAGAGAACAAAAUGAUACACCUGAAUUAAAACCACUGGAUAGAAAAUCACAACUUUCCCUUAUGUCAAAUCCAUUUCAAAAAUUAUUAGAUUUAGCACCAAGAAGUCUAGUACAAAUAAGAAAAUUAACUAAACUAGAUUCAGUAGCAGUUGAUUCAAUGGAAAUAUUCAUAAAAGAUGUUAAUUUAUCAAGAGAUGCAAUGUGGCAAUUUAGUUCUUCAUUAAUGGGUGGUUGUUGUUAUACCGAACAAAGAUUAUCUUACCUCAAUAAUAGAACUGGGAUUGUCAAAUAUAUGUAUAAAAAUGGUAGAAAAGUAUUUUCAGGAUACAUAAGUAAAGAAACUAAAAUUAUUUAUCGAAGUGAAAGUGCAAAACUUACGGUACUUAUACAACUUUCUAGAGAGAUGUGGAAUUUUGAAGAAAAUGGAGAAAUUAUGUUUCAUAAAUUAGUAAAUAAUUUAUUCCCCAAAAUUUUUAGAAGAUGGAGAGAUAAAGGUACUCAUCAUUCCAUUACAAUAGUUUUAUUCACGAGUAUAGAUUUAACAGACAUACCAUGGACACAUUUGUUACCAGGAGAACGACCGCCUCAAAGACAAGAUUAUUUUAGAGUAGUUGUUGAUCAAGUUAAUAUUAUGCAUUGGGAUAGAAUUAUGGCAAAUUUAAGAUUAGAAUUUGCAAAUUUUAAAAGAGAUUGUAUGUUGAAUAAAGAAGAACUACAGAAUUAUCUGAUGCCGGGGCAAACAUUACCAUCAAUAAAGGGGAAUAUUUUAGAAGCUGUUAAUGUUGGAUUAGUACUACUUAAUGAUAGAUUUAGAAACACAGAUUUGAAACACUCUUUAAGUCAUUUCAUGUUAAUUACUCCUGGAACUGGAUUGUUUGAUGUUGAUUUUAAUUUACUUUUAGAAACUAGUAGGAAAAUAUCAAGUAUAGAUACAAGCCUAGAUAUCAUUUGUUUAAGUCAACCACCAUUACAUGUAACUCCAUUAUUUCGAUUUUUAAGAGACGGUAAAGUAUGUCAUUGUGUUCCUAUAUGGUGUGAUGUAUCAUUUUAUAAAGACCGUUCAGAUGAUAAUCAAUGGAUUCCUCGAUGUAAGAUAUAUGAAUUACAAAUGAUGGGAGUUAUGGAAAAUGAAGCAAGUGAUGCAAGAAUUUCAAGAUUACAUAUCAAUAAAGAUGUAGGUGAAGUUAUGGAUAAAUAUGAUGAAUCAAUUUUUAAACCAAUACGACGAAAAGAAAAAAUUGAAUUCAAAAAAGAAGAACCUAAAUUUAAAGCACCUGAAGUUAAAGAUUCAAAAGCUACACUUUCUUUGAUUUUUAAUAAUAGAACUUCAUUGUUACCUGCUAAUAGUUCCACCACAACCCAACUGGCGUCAGGGGUAGUUGCUUUCCCUAGUGAUGCAUCAGCAUUAUCUAAAUUGUACAACAUUAAUAAAAACAGUGAAGAAAAAGCUACAUCACCAACGCCUUCAAUAGCUUCAAAACAAAUUGAAACGUAUCGAAAAGAUGCAAGUUCUCCAAGAAUUAUAAAAAGUGAAACUUUAUUUACAAUAAAAGACGAAAAAAGAAGAACCAGUGAAAAAUUUAGAGAUAAAAUGCCUUCAUUAACUGAACCAGAAAAAGAACUACCAUAUAGUUCAUUUUGGAUUGAAAUAUGUAACCCUUCAAGAGAAAUCACCAAUAAUAUUUUACAAAAAGCACCAAUCAGUAGAUGGAGUAAUUUAUUUCCGAAUAAAAUACAAAGAAAAAUCAUUAAAUGGAGAUCAUUCCAAGCUCCCGCUUCAUUACCUACAGUUACUGGAGUUUUUCCCACACAACAACAAUUACAAAAGGAUUAUACUUUUCAAAAUUACUCAGUAUACCUAAAUUCUGAAAAUUAUCUAGAACUUAAAAGUUCUUCUGAUUUAAUGAGAGAAAUGAUUCAAUUAAGAUUAAUGUUGGGUUUCCAAAUUUGUUACGGAGAUAGGGUCAAAAAAGCAGAAGUUGAAAGAAAACCUUCAGGUAAUGCAGACUCAAUUAUAAAGUAUUUCCCGAAAGAUUAUUUAGGCUCAAUUAUUUAUUUAUCACUAGAUGAUGAAAUUCAUCGUAUUUAUUAUGAUUAUAAUGGUAAUUUGAAUGUUCAACUUUAUCGUAAAACAGAUCAAGAAGAUUCCAAAAAAAUUACAUUAGGACAAAGAAAAACUCAACCAUAUUUUCCCCUAGUAAGAACAAGAUAUGCUGAUGAAUAUACCCCAACUCAAGUAGAUGCUAUAGCUGCACAGCCACAAAAAUAUAAUUGGAAUCAAUUUGAUCAAUUAUUAGCUGGUUUUGAUGAUGCAAUGCCCGAAGAUAAGAAAGAAUUUCAUAAAAUGAAAUUUGUAGUUAUGCCUGCAGAAAUACCCAAAAAUGCUUACUAUUUAAGUAAUGAACAUUUAAAUGCGGAAGAAAUCAGAGUUGAAGGAUUAAGAAAAUUAAUAGCAGUGAUUGAAAAAGGGAAAUGUAAGACCUCGGCCACCAAAUCAAAUGAAAGAUAUUCUGAUGUUAUUUUUUAUACUGGUAAUUUAUAUGAUUUUUUAACACAAGAAGCUGAAAAUUUCGACAAUACAGGAAAUCAACCAACAUUAAUGAUUCCAGAUAAUAUGAGAUUUAAUAAGUCUAUAAAAUUAACAGAAUUAGCUUCUGAAUUACAAAAUGCAGAAACUGGAUUAAAAUUAACUGAUAGAACCUGGCAUUUCAAAACUCAUUUACAAUGCUUUAUUGGAAGUGAAUUAGUUACUUGGCUAGUUGAUUGUUUUGAAGAUAUAAAUACAAGAGAAGAAGCUACUACAUAUGGUCAAUCACUCCAAUCUAAAGGUUUAUUUAAACAUGUUGAAUCAAGACAUGGUUUCAUUGAUGGUUAUUAUUUCUAUGAAUUUGAAGAAGAAUAUUUUGAGAAAAUUGAUAAAUCUAGAAGUUCUUGGUUUAAAAGAGAUGGAUCAUUAACUCCCAAAAGUAAUGCAUCUCCAAAAUUACUGGGAUUAGAAAGUGGACUCACGAAAAUAACGUCAUCACAAAACUUAGCAGCUUCUGAAUCAUCAUCAUUGGAAAGAAAACGUCGGAAAUUUAUUUUAAGUAGAUCAAUUAAAUUUGAUGUUGAUCCAUUAAAAAAAUCAUAUAGACCAGAAUUAAUAACUGUUCAUUUUGAUAGAGUUCAUAACCCUGAACAUUGUUAUCAUAUAAGAAUUCAAUGGUUAAAUACUACAAAUAAAUUUGUUGAAGAUACAAUCACUGCAUGGUCAAGGUUAUGUCAAAGACAUGGAUUAAAAUUAGUUGAAACACCAUGGAAAGAAUUAUGUGCAAUUCCAAAAUUAAGUCCAUUUCAUUCAUUUGUUGAAGUAAAACUUUGUUUUAAUCCAUGGAUAGAUCCAGAAUUUGAUGAUUUCAAAAUAAUAGCAUCAAAUAAAUAUUAUUAUCAUUUAUAUUUUUUAAAAAAACUAGAUUUUUUAUUAGAUAAUAGAGCUACUUCAUUUUUUUCAAAAGAUAAUAUAGAUAUAACAUAUAGUUGGGGAAAACCAUCUUUCCAAUAUGCACAAUUUAUUCACAAGACAGGAUUUUAUAUUGUUGAAUUAAGAGAUAAUGGAGAUUUUUUUUUAGCUCCAAAUAAUAUGCAUGUUACUAGAGUAAAUUCCUCGAUUUCACCAGUUGCUGGAGAUUAUGAAACAAAUACUAGAGCAUUACAUUUAGAUUCUCAAAAAAUUAUGUUGAAUUUUAGAGCUGCUUGUCAAAAUGAAGAGUUUUUGAGAGAAGUAUUUAGAGAUGCUAAAUUGUCUUGGAAAGAAAAGUUUAUUUCACAAAUUAAUUAA